AUGCUCCUAUCAAAGUCUAACCACCCGAUCCUGCUGCUGGCUUUGGGCUUUCUCUUUAGUGAAGCUCAAGGAUUUCUCGAUGGCAGGAAAACUAUCGGCUAUCGAUCAGUUUCCAAAGAGGAAGCCGAGAUUAUCAAUGCCGACAACAAGCUACAUAAAGAUGAAGACGCCGAUAGCUUAAAGUACCUUAAUCCAUUAGGAUUUGGUAGUUAUCUAGAACCUGAUAUCUGGCCAGGUGAACCAGGGGACUGGUAUUGUGCUGUCGAAGCGGAUAGUAGUAAGCUCGAUAAAAUACGCAAAGUAUGGAUCCCGGAAUUUUGGAAAAGAACGGACCAGUUUGGUAACCUGAUUGGGGAAGAGGAAUUGUAUGGAAACGAAGCCCUUACCGUGGGAUAUAUCGGGACAGUGGUGCCAGAGCCCCAGAAAGCGUUGCGCUUCUCAGAGGUCGGUCUCAAUAGGGAGCUGUCAAUGCUUAUUCCAACGCAAGUGAUUGAUAGCGAUGAUUUGGAACUAUGGUGCAAAUGCUAUGAAACAAAAGAAGAGCUGAGAGAAGCUUCGGAUGGGGCUAUUGAUUGGGAAGCUUGGGGUAUUGAAGGAGAUCGUGAACCAGCGAACCCUUCCUAG